CGCUCCCCGCAGCCUAUUCUCAUCCGGGGUCACGUCGAUCUUCCGGGUGUCUUUGACAGGGUACUCUACGCCGCUUUUUCUGCGACUUUUUGGUCUUCCGCUUUUUGCCACCGCCCCCAACCUUCUAAAUCCUUGCGGCUCCUAUCUUUUAUUGUGUUACUCCUCCCCUGGCAGCCGUGCCGGGGGUUAGAUCGCAGGCAGGGUCGGAGCUGGGCCUAGCUGCCCCACGGGCCACCACUACCUCCUUUGGUUCGAGAGAAAGCUACGACCGAGUACGCUCAGCCGUCCCAGCUCGGGCCUUGGAACUUCUGAGCGGGCAGUGCGGGUAGGCCCUGCUUAGUACUUCCCGGAGGACACCUGACCAAAAGAGGAAGAUAGUCUUGGGACCCCUGCAUGGUGUUUCAAAGGGUGGUAAAGAACUAAGGUAGAAGAAUACAUGUUCACUUCCAGUGAACAAGAGCAUGUUCCCAAACUCAAUUUUGGGUCGCCCACCCUUCACUCCAAAUCAUCAACAACAUAAUAACUUCUUUACCCUGUCACCUACUGUUUAUUCACACCAGCAGCUUAUAGAUGCACAAUUCAACUUUCAGAAUGCAGACUUGUCUAGAGCUGUGUCAUUACAGCAGCUGACAUAUGGAAAUGUCAGUCCAAUACAGACCUCAGCUUCCCCAUUAUUUCGAGGAAGGAAGAGAUUAAGCGAUGAAAAAAACCUUCCUCUUGACGGUAAACGGCAACGUUUCCAUUCACCCCACCAAGAGCCAACUGUAGUUAACCAGAUAGUGCCUUUAUCAGGUGAACGAAGAUACUCAAUGCCGCCAUUGUUUCAUACACAUUAUGUACCAGAUAUAGUCAGAUGUGUUCCACCUUUUCGAGAAAUACCAUUUUUAGAACCUAGAGAAAUCACACUGCCUGAGGCCAAAGAUAAGUUGAGUCAGCAGAUACUGGAGUUAUUUGAAACAUGUCAGCAGCAUAUAAGUGAUUUAAAGAAGAAAGAACUCUGUCGAACCCAGCUGCAGAGAGAAAUUCAGCUGUUAUUUCCACAAAGCAGACUUUUUUUGGUUGGGUCCUCUUUAAAUGGAUUUGGUACCCGGAGCAGUGAUGGUGAUUUAUGCCUAGUUGUUAAGGAAGAACCAUGUUUUUUUCAGGUAAAUCAGAAGACUGAAGCACGGCAUAUACUCACCUUAGUCCAUAAACACUUCUGUACUAGACUUUCGGGCUACAUUGAGAGACCUCAGCUGAUUCGAGCAAAAGUGCCAAUUGUGAAGUUCAGGGAUAAAGUCAGUUGUGUGGAGUUUGACCUGAAUGUAAACAAUGUUGUUGGAAUAAGAAACACAUUCCUUCUCAGAACUUAUGCAUACCUUGAAAAUCGAGUUCGUCCGUUAGUGCUGGUGAUUAAGAAGUGGGCAAGUCACCAUCAGAUAAAUGAUGCCAGUCGUGGUACUUUAAGCAGCUAUAGUCUUGUAUUGAUGGUUUUGCACUAUUUACAAACCCUACCUGAACCCAUCCUUCCAUCCCUCCAAAAAAUUUACCCAGAAUCUUUUAGUUCUGCUAUACAGCUGCACCUUGUACAUCAAGCUCCAUGUAAUGUUCCUCCUUACCUCUCAAAGAAUGAAUCAAACCUUGGGGACCUCUUACUGGGCUUUCUUAAAUAUUAUGCUACAGAAUUUGACUGGAAUAGUCAAAUGAUUUCAGUUCGUGAAGCCAAAGCCAUUCCGAGGCCUGAUGGUAUUGAAUGGAGAAAUAAAUACAUCUGUGUAGAAGAACCUUUUGAUGGAACAAAUACAGCCAGAGCAGUGCACGAAAAGCAGAAAUUUGACAUGAUCAAGGAUCAAUUUUUAAAGUCAUGGCACAGAUUGAAAAACAAGAGAGAUUUGAACAGUAUACUACCUGUAAGAGCUGCUGUCCUGAAAAGAUAACUGGCCUCUAUUUCUUAAUAAAUUCUUCCAAGAAAUAAAGAACAAUAGUUUCAUCGUAAUACAUUAUGUUUACCUCCAUCAUAAUUGCUUUUUUCAUAGUUCUUGUUUUCAUUUUUUAUUUUUAAAAAGACAUAUAAAGAUUGCAUAUUUUAUUAUGACAUUUCCUAAUAAAACCCUUUGAUUUAAAAAUAAAAAUGUAUUUUUGAAAAUGUUUACAUUGAUGAUUAGUAAUAUUAUGGCAUGCGUUUUCAGGUGAUCAGAUAAAAUAUAUUUUGCGAAAUUACCUGAACAAAUAAAAAGUUUUUGAUACAACUUCAAUUAAUUGUAACACAUGCUAAUCCUGAAGAGAUGUGUAGAAUUUUGGAAGGGGUCUAAUUCAUACAUGCUUAAAGUCUAACCUACAUUAGAUAGUUUGUUGUCAAAGUCUGUUCUAGUAAAGUGAAGAUUCAAGUCAGUUGUUCAGUUACUUGAAGCAAAACAAAAUCAUUUCAGUCAAAUCACUGCAGAGUCAUGAAAUACUGAACAGUUGCCUUAAGUCUUUGCUUUGCUUGACUCACUGGGAUAGACUGAGGCUUUGGGUGUGUCUGUAUUAGCAUUUCAUUAGUACUUCACAUGCUUUUGAUGUACUCUUGAGAUUGCUUUAAAUUUUGUAUUGAAACAACAAUACAUUUUGCACUGUAGUAAUAGGAGCACUAACUCUUAAAACAGUUAGUGAAUUGUUUUAAAGAAUCAGUUCAGUGUAGACAUUUUGCAAAGAUUGUUUCCUGUGCUUUAUGAUAGCUUAGUACAAUGUGCACUUCUGCUUUACUUGCCGUUUUCCUGCUCUAUUUUCUCUGUGACAUGAAGCAACAGAAACUGAGAGAUCAAAGUUAAGAUUAUAUCCUGUUUGUAGUAUCAGAUAUUUUUCUGUGUACAAUUAUAGGAUUGUAAUCUAAACUGGAAUUUUUAGACAGUAAGCCACUACAAAAUGUUUUAGAUAUGACACAAUAAAAUUAUUAUAAAUAAAAGCUUAAUAUUUGUAAAAAAUCUCUUUUUUAGUAUUUCUUUUUUUACAUGAAAGAAGUAGUGGUGGCUGCUAAACAAAAAAAGCUACAGUGUUUAUUAAGGUUGUUUUUGAUUUAUGUAAAUAUUUGUAAAUUGGUCAGUGCCUGUAAAUUUAAAUAUAAAAAGUAAUCUUGAAAACAGUUUUAACUUUUUCAAAAGGACUAUGUCCAACAUUUUUUAGACCUGCUGUAGUACAGUUUGUACCUCUAACGUAUUUUUUUUUUCGCAGACCAAAUGCCAAAACUUUUGCUUUUCUUUGACUUGUAAAAGGUGCACAUUUUCAUUUUCUUCUUUAAGUUCAAAUUUUUGUACGUCAAAUGCAAUAAAAUUUAUAUAUGGACAUUGUCGAGGUGGUUUUUUUUUUCUGUGAAAGUCUUUGCUUUUGAGAUGAGACUGAGGCUGUAGUUAUCAUCUAGAACUGAACUAAAUCUACUUAUUAGCCAGCUAACCACAUCAAUAUCUUAUGUCUCUGGCAUUAUGAGGAAUGAAAGUUUACACAUAGUGUUUUAGAUUCCUGAUGUGUAACACUUUUUAUGCAUUUGAGCUUUUCAUAUUUUGGCGGGGGGGAAUUUUUCCUAAAAUUUACAUUGUGCAUCUCUUAAUGAGAACGUACUGAGUAGAGUUAAUAUUCUAGUGAUGACUGGGUAAUCAUUAUAAGCAUUAGUCUUAGUACUAUUCAUUAAUACUGUGCAACUUUCAGGGAUGGGUAAGUAUGUACCCUCUGCCUCUACAGUAUUAUGACAUUUCCUAAUAAAACCCCAGAAUUUACCAUGUUGUGGACUCCCUCACUGUCACUGUUUUCUCAGUUUUCAAUGGCCCCACUCUUACUGCUGCUGCUUUUCACUUGUUUUACUAUGAAAAACAGAUCAAGAAGUCACUAAACCUAGACUCAAUUCUAAAUCAGUAGACUGAGGCCUAAAAUUAUGCACAUGUGACUGGCCAAAUAUGUCAGAUAAGUGAACUGUUAAUAUAUGAGAGAAUUUUCUAGACUUUUAAGUUACUAAUCUCAAUUAUUUGUUUGAUGAGUACUAAAUUAUUUUCUGUUUGUGUUGAUCUGUCCAUUCCUGUACGUAGUUGUCCCUCAGUAUAUUGAGGGAUUGGUUCCAGGCCACCCCCAUCCUCUUCAGAUACCAAAAUCCACAGAUGCUCAAGUCCCUUAUAAAAAAUGAUAUAAUUUGCAUAUAUCCUACACACAUUGUCCUGUAUACUUUAAAUCAUCUCUAAAUUACCUGAUACCUAAUACAAUGUAAAUGCUAUGUAAAUAGUUGUUAUACUGUAUUGUUUAGGGAAUAAUAAUGACAAGAAAAAAAAGUCUAUGCCUGUUUAGUACAGAUGCAACCAUUCUUCCUCCCUCUCCUACCCCCCACCCCAAAUAUUUUUCAUCCUUGGUUGAAUUCACAAAUCCUUUAUGGAUACGGAGGGCUGACUGUAUUUGCAUAUGUUGUUAAAGUGGUGUUUAAAAUGUGCAAUCUGUACUACAAUUCUAAAUUUUGGAUUGAUUUGAACUAGGAUCUUUGCAAAUAAAUCUCAUAGACAUUAAUGUUUGUAAGAAAUUUUUAAUUAAAUGAUGGAAGGAACAUA